AUGGCGAUGGAUAAACGUAACGAGUUAUCCGAAGCCAUUCAAAGAGGAAUCAAGCCCCAGGGCUUAUCCGACAACUUACAAAGUCGAGCAGACGAACUCGUCAAAGCCGAGCCCGUCCCGUCAUGCCUACGAGCUAGGACGAUCCAUGUCAUAUCUGAAGGACCGGAGGCGUACAACGUGAACCACACCACUAUUCAGGAAAACGCCCGCGUUGUAUGGGGCAACUCCGAGAGGAUCAAAUUAGAGUAUCCCGAAACCAAUGAAAUAACUAUCAUCGACGAAGAACGAGAGGGAGUCUUGGUGCCACACCACGAUGCCCUCAUCAUUUCCGGCAGCUCCAGUAAUAUCAUCUUCCAGACCGCAUACCAAGGUCUGGGGCUGGAGGAGAAAGCCCCAAUACGAAAAGCAAUCUCCCUUGUCAGAUUCAGCAGGGAGGUCAAGGAAACGACAGGGGAGGUUGUCCUCCCUGUCCAUGCUGAAGAGGUCAGCCUAUCUACUAGGCUCCUGGUAGUCAGCUGUCACUCCCCCUACAACGUGAUCUUGGGCCGAGCGUGGAUUCCUGGAAUGGGGGCAGUUCCCUCGACUCUCCAUCAGACGAUAAAAUUUCCAACUCCUUGGGGUGUUAGGGGGAUUCGAGGAGAUCAGGAGACUACCCACCGCUGCUACCAAGUCGCUCUGAAGAAACAAAUCGAGGCCGCACCGCCCCCGCAAAUCAAGUCCCAAGUUCCGCACACAGAGGAACCAGAAGUCAAGGAUAUGGAUGACGUGCCACUAGUCGAAGGCAUUUCAACUCGUAACCUCAAGAUCGGCUCCAAGCUCCCCGAGGGAUUAAGAAGAAGGCUAGUAGAUUUUCUCAGGUCCAAUUCCGAUUGCUUCGCGUGGUCCCAUUCGGACAUGCCCGGGAUCGACCCCGAGAUCAUUAUGCAUCAGCUACAGGUGGAUCCCUCUCACCAGCCUACAAGACAGAAGCGAAGAAAGUUCGCUCCAGAAAGAGACAUUAUAAUCAACGAAGAGGUAAGGAACCUAUUAGAAGCAAAGUUCAUCCGAGAGGUGCAGUACCCAGAGUGGCUAGCCAACGUGGUUGUGGUCAAGAAGAAGAACGGAAAAUGGCGGGUCUGCAUCGAUUUGACAGACCUCAACAAGUCCUGCCGAAAGGACCCUUUCCCUCUGCCGCACAUCGAUAAGCUUGUCGAUGCUAUGGCUGGACACCAGCUAAUGAGCUUCAUGGAUGCUUUCUCCGGCUACAACCAAAUACUCAUGAAGCCUGAAGAUCAAGAGAAAACCUCCUUCAUGACGUCUCAGGGGAUCUACUGCUACAAGGUCAUGCCCUUUGGCCUGAAGAACGCAGGAUCGACAUAUCAGAGGUUGGUAAACAUGAUGUUCACGGAUCAAAUAGGAGAAACUAUGGAGGUCUACAUUGACGACAUGCUGGUGAAAUCCCUAGAGGCGGAGAACCAUAUCUCGCACCUGCAACAGGCCUUUUCUACCCUCCGUAAAUACAAUAUGAAGCUCAACCCAGCUAAAUGCUCCUUCGGCGACAGCUCUGGAAAAUUCUUAGGGUACAUUGUGACCCACCGGGGCAUCGAAGCUAAUCCAGACCAGAUCAGAGCUAUCCAUUCAAUUCCUUCCCCGAGGAGCGUAAAAGAAGUCCAGAAGCUAACUGGCAGAAUGGCGGCUUUAAGCAGAUUCAUCUCUAGGCUCUCUGAUAAGUCCCACACCUUCUUCGAAACCCUCAAGAGGCCAAAGGAUUUUGAAUGGACCGAGAAGUGCGAAUCGGCUCUACAAGAGUUCAAGGAUUAUCUUACUACUCCCCUUCUCUUAUCAAAACCCUUGCUUGGCGAAGUCUUACUACUAUACCUCACUGUCUCAGAGCAUGCAGUUAGUGCCGUCUUGGUUCGAGAAGAGGAAACCAAGUAA